AUGCGCUGUGACAUGGGUGCUACACUGAGCUUCAUUGUCCUGCAGAUCCUGGAGCAACUACCGAUCAAGGAAGUCGAGGAACGAGAGCGGAUCGUGAGGAACAACACGAGCGCGAUCAAGCACUGGGGCGCCUUCGCGGGCAUCGCCGGAGCGUCGGACAAGAACGCCAAGAUCGCGGACUGGCGAUCGGCCGACGCGUCCGGGAUCAUUCGCAACGGGUUGCGCAAGAUGAAGGCGCUCGGUCUCGCCGGCAUCAAUCUCGCGCAGGCCGACGCGCCUCCGGUCCUCGCGAUCCGGUGGCCCAGCCGCGUCAACCGCUCAAAUUUUGAGGCCUACUUUUCGGAUGACGCGCCGAUCAGCGACGCGCGAUCCGAGUGGCACAAUCCUGAACCGUUCAUGGCGGCUUUUUCGUCGGGCGGCAAACCGAUCCCGCUCGUCUUUGUCAACGCAAUCGUCGGCGGCGUUACGCGUGCGUGCGUGGUGCUGAUCCGCAAGGGCAAGGCGCACUGCGAGAUCACCGCGUUCGCGCCGGCCGUUACGUUGGCCAUGGCCGUCAAUCUCGGGCGAGCGCUGCUCUAUGCCCUGCGCAAGGCACUCCAGACAUCCGCGCGCGUUCGGGUGUGCAUCACGACGCACUCGCGACCAUCGGAAAAGGACGCCGUCAACGUAUGGCACGAGAACUUUCUCGAGGUCGUAUCAAUCCCGACCAUCCGAUCCGAGACGUGGAAGCGCCUCGACGGCACCGUCCUGCCAUCGCUCAUCUACACCCAUGCCCUCGCCAAAUCGCCGCGUCCAUCCUUGAUGACGACCGCCAUGAAUAUGUGCCAGAGCGCGCCCCGAGCUGACGUCGCAGCGCUCGCCGAUAUCUAUGCCAGCACUCUUCUGUCAUCAUCAGCAUAA